GUUUGCUGUUCUACGAUUAACACGACCGAGUCCAUGCCGUUAUGAAACCAAAGAAAAUGAAAACCCUAAAAGUGGCUCCUUUGCAUCUCUUUGGUGUUUCGCCGUGCCCUAAUUUCUCCUGGAUAGCUGCUUCCAGCAUGGCGAAUACUAUGGCGCGAUCUUUCCUGCAAGCCGUAUCGUCGGAGGAGGUCGCUCAGCCUCUCCGAGUUGUUCAGAUGGAGGGGCUGGCUAUCUUAAAGAUAAUUAAACACUGCAAGGAGUUCUCGCCAGCUCUAGUUACAGGCCAACUUCUUGGUUUGGAUGUUGGUAGUGUGCUUGAAGUGACUAACUGCUUUCCUUUCCCGAUUCGAGAAGAAGAUGAACAAAUUGAAGCAGAUGGGGCCAACUAUCAGCUUGAAAUGAUGAGGUGCUUAAGGGAGGUCAAUGUAGACAAUAAUACUGUAGGAUGGUAUCAAUCAACUUUAUUGGGAUCUUUUCAGACUGUGGAGCUGAUUGAAACAUUCAUGAAUUACCAGGAGAAUAUUCGACGAUGUGUUUGCAUUAUAUAUGACCCAUCAAGGUCCAAUCAGGGAGUUUUAGCUCUCAAGGCCUUGAAGCUGACAGAUCCUUUUAUGGAACUUUACCGAAAUAACAACUUCACUGGAGAAAAGUUGCGGGAAAAGAAAUUGUCAUGGGUGGAUAUCUUUGAGGAAAUACCCAUUAAAGUUUCUAACUCUGCACUUAUUAGCGCAUUCAUGACAGAACUGGAACCUGAUUCCCCGGUUUCUCAGUGUGAUUAUGAUCGCCUAAAACUAUCCACUGCUCCAUAUAUGGAAAGAAACUUGGAAUUUUUGAUUGAGUGCAUGGAAGAUCUUAAUUCUGAACAAAACAAGUUCCAAUAUUAUUAUCGCAACCUCUCACGACAACAAGCACAGCAGCAAGCAUGGCUUCAAAAGCGAAGGAUGGAGAACAUGGCAAGGAAAGCUGCUGGAGAAGAGCCAUUGCCUGAGGAGGAUCCAUCAAAUCCCAUCUUCAAGCCAAUACCCGAGCCAUCGCGCUUGGAUAGCUAUCUCAUAACAAAUCAAGUUGCCAACUACUGCAACCAGAUCAACGGGGUUGCAGGUCAGAGUUGCAACAGAUUAUCUAUAAUGAAGGCUUUGCAUGAUAACUGACUGAAAGGAUGUCUAUUGUGCAUUUAGUUGAAUGAUGGUUUGAUAUUUGGAAGUCGCCUUUUCCUCCGAGAUGAUAUUUUCACGAUUUCACAACUUGAUCUUCAUGUUCAGUGUCUUCCUAAUUUUGUAUUCCCAGAGUAGUCUAUUGUCAGCAUUGUAAGCUGUUAUCUUCAAUUUCAGUGGUCAGAAUUUUGUAUUUGAACUAAUAUUGAUGUCCAUUUUAAAUGUAUGCAUAGUUUGGAUUGAGUUACUAAGAACCAUGUAAAAACUUUCCGGCUUUAAGGUUCACAAUGACUCAAACUUCUGACAGCUUAGUGAAAUUUAUGAAAC